GCGGUCACGUGAGCGGCGGCGGCGGCAGCGUCAGCUGAUCGCGGCGCGGCGGCGGCGAUGGACUUUCUGCUGGGGAACCCCUUCAGCUCCCCCGUGGGGCAGCGCAUCGAGAGAGCCACCGAUGGGUCCCUGCGGAGUGAGGACUGGGCUCUCAACAUGGAGAUCUGUGACAUCAUUAACGAGACUGAAGAAGGGCCCAAAGAUGCAUUCCGAGCCAUUAAGAAGAGAAUUGUAGGGAACAAGAACUUCCAUGAAGUUAUGCUGGCUUUGACGGUCCUGGAGACCUGCGUCAAGAACUGUGGCCAUCGUUUCCACGUCCUUGUGUCCAGCCAGGACUUUGUAGAAGGUGUCCUGGUGAGAACAAUCCUGCCAAAGAACAAUCCACCCGCCAUAGUGCAUGACAAGGUGCUGACCCUCAUCCAGUCCUGGGCGGACGCCUUCCGCAGCUCUCCAGACUUGACUGGUGUCGUUGCUGUCUAUGAAGACCUGAGACGGAAGGGUUUGGAGUUCCCCAUGACUGAUCUGGACAUGCUGUCACCUAUCCACACACCACAGAGGACUGUGUAUAGCUCCAACUCUCAAUCUGGACAGACCUCACCUGCAGUCAACUCCCCUCAGCAGAUGGAGUCCAUCCUCCACCCUGUCACCCUGCCCCCCGGGAGAGGCACAUCCAGCGACGCACCCAUCACACCCACACCCGAGCAGAUCGGGAAGCUGCGCAGUGAGCUGGAAGUGGUGAAUGGGAACACAAAGGUGAUGUCGGAGAUGUUAACAGAGCUGGUGCCAUCCCAGGCCGAGCCUUCUGACCUGGAGCUGCUGCAAGAGCUGAAUCGGACAUGCAGAGCCAUGCAGCAGCGAGUCCUGGAGCUGAUUCCCCGUGUCCUCCAUGAGCAACUCACUGAGGAGCUGCUCCUCAUCAAUGACAACCUCAAUAACGUGUUUCUGCGCCAUGAAAGGUUUGAGCGACUUCGGACAGGACAGCCUGUUAAGGCACCAAAUGAGGCAGAGAACAGCUUGAUUGACCUGGAACCCCAUACUCCUUCAGCACUGAAACAGCCUGAAGUCACCAGCAACCUUUCCUCUCAGCUGGCUGGAAUGAACCUGGGCUCAAGCAGUGUGAGUGCAGGGCUACACUCCCUCGACACUUCUGGCAAGCUGGAGGAAGACUUUGACAUGUUUGCCCUGACCCGUGGCAGCUCACUGGCUGAGCAGCGCAAAGGAGUAAAGUAUGAAGACCCCCAAGCCACCAAAGGCCUUGCUGGUGCCCUGGAUGCCCGGCAGCAGAACACGGGAGCGGGGGAGUCUGGUGCCUCUAGUGAUGGAGCCCAGCUGACAAAGUGGAUGAUGCGUCAAGGAAUGGUACCAGUUCCUCAAGCCAAUUUCAUGGAAGACAUAGAAAAAUGGCUCUCCACUGACGUGGGAGAAUCAGAGGAUCCAAAAGGUGUCACCAGUGAAGAGUUUGACAAAUUUCUGGAAGAGCGAGCGAAAGUUGCAGACCGCCUCCCCACUUUGUCCAGCUCCUCAGCAGGGACGUCCCUCUCCCCUCCUGCUGCCAGCCAUCAUCCAAAGCAAGCAAAGGAAGAUGAUGCCAUGUUUGCCUUGUGAAUGCUAAGGACUGGUGUGCUGUGGAGCAAGAGGCUGUGUGUGCUGUUUUGCUUGCCUCCAGCCAGGGGCCAGCAGAGGAAGGACUCUGUCCCCUUCCUCCAUUCUCUUCCUGUUUUACCUUUGAGUUGUUUUUAUUUUUAAGCUGCUUUCAGACUUCAGAUAAUCUUUGUUGUGUUUAGGGAUAUCAUACAGUAGACUUGUAAAGGGGGUUUCAAAGCUGCUAGAGAAUGUGGGAGUUCAGUGGGUUUUUCUUUUUAUGGUACAGAGUGGGCAAAGCAGAAGAAGCUCCCCCAUCCUACUCUCCAGUGAGGUAGUUAAGAGAUCUUGCCCAAGAAACAGGAGAGGCUGCAGUCUGCUACUGAAAUCAUUCCUGCCUGCCUCUUUCCUCACCCCUCCCCUAGAAUGUAUCUCCAGCCCUCUUCCUGCCAGUGUUAGACUGGAAAGCACGGGGAUGUGAAGCAUUACUGGUGGCCGAGGAGGAACACUAAUAAUGGUAGAGGGACCCUGUUGCUCUAACCUCUCUUGCACAAGUGCUUGUGGUAUGCAACACCUUCCCACUCACAACCCCUUCUCUUCCUCUUCCUCGCCUCCCUUUCCCCAUCAGUUUAUCCAGAAUCCUGCCCACAGCCCAGCUGUUUCCAUUGCACAGCAGCCAGUUGUCCAAGCCCUUGGCAGCACACAGGACUGCAAGCGGUACCCCAGGCUGAAGGGGCUCUCUCCCACGGGGCAGGAUGUGCCUUCAGCAAACUAUUUGCAGUUAAUUUAAUUCUCCAUUAUCCUACUUUUAUCCCAGUGCGGUUCUACCUCCCUCUCUCCCUUUCACUGAUGCCUUCCACCACGUUGUGCAGUGGUGUGGGGAGUCCCUCUGAGCCAGGCCAAUGCUACAGACUCCCUUGGGAUGGCUGUGUGUGCCAGGGUCACAGAGCUGCCUCCCCCUAAAGCAGGAGGCCCUUCCAUCAGCACUGUUACACCACUGGGAAUGUGCUGUUGCUGCAGAAGCUUGUUCAGCUAGUGAGCACAGAGGGGAAGUGAGACAUCAGUCAUCUCAUGUCAGUAGAACAGCCCUGCAGCAGCCAGAAGUUCAUCUGCACAUGGGGAGAAAAACCCUUCAGAGCAAACUGCACAUGCUGCCCCCUUGUAAAUGAAAGGCAGGGAGGAGGGUGCCAAGCUCAGGGCUCCUGCUCGUGGGAUUUCUUGUUGAGCGUGGGAGAGUUGUCUUUUUUUACUGCACAUUAAAGGAGCAAAGACUUGAGCCUCCCUUGAAUGCACAGUGUGUACUGUCAGUGCUGCUGUGGGGAGGGGAGGCUGCUGUGGGGAGAAGAGGGAUGAAACCAUGCAGCCACAUUUGCUUUCUAUGAAAAGGCAAGGGCACUGGUGCUGAGAGGAGAACAGCAUGGGGGCUGAGGGUGCUUCCUGCUUUUUACUACAGUCUUGUGGAGAGGUGAUUACAGGCUGUCUCAAAAUAGCAAGAGGGUGAGCUAGCUCCUCUCCUUUCCCUCUGUGUCUUGUGACCACAUCUGAAUACCCACCUUGCAGCCCAUAAGUCACUUAUAAAGACAUGCAAGAAAUACAUUUGCUACUAAAAGGCCCUCUGGUAUCCACAGGACAUCCUCAGUUGUCCCUAUACCACCUCUCCAGUGUCAUCCUCAGUUGUUCCUAUACCACCUCUCCAGUGUCCAGCUGAGUGGGAGCUGUGGGAGGGAUCCUUUAAAGGAAGCUGAGUGGAUUUGAAAAUGUCAUCUGAAAAAAGGCAAAAGGGCUGAACUUCCCCUGCUGGAGCACAUGCAGGAGAGGAAGCAAGAGCAGGGUCAUGAUGGAACACAGGCUGGUUCUGUAAGUGUGGGGCCAGAAGGACCUCCAGAACACGCAAGGCCAAGCCCCUUGGCCAGUUCCUGGCCUUGGGCUGCCUGCCUCAGCUGGGAAGGAAGGACUCCUGGUGCCCCGUCAGCAUUUGUGCACCGUACCAGCCUGUUCACACUGGUGAUGCUUUAACACUGGUUCAUGCCUCUCAGUGCCUCCAGCUCCCUCAGAGCACUCCCUGCAAAUUCCCUGAAAGGAGAAACAAAGACAUCCUGAGUGAAUGAAUAUCCUGAGUAUGGGGAGUUCCAACUCCUCCUUACUGCUUCUGGGAGGCCCUGAGCCCAGGUCAGGACAAAGACCCCAUCUUCACCCUCACCUUGUUUUUAAUUCCCCAAGCAGCCAGCACAGGACCUGGCAAAGGCAAGAGGGAGCUGUCCCCAAGGAAGACUUGAGUGCAGCAGAAAAGGGUUGCUGCUAUUUUUGUCAAGGGACAAACAGAUGGAAAGCAUUUUUGGUGUCUGCCAAGUGAGGUCAGUUAGAAUCGAUGGCCAACAGGUGAAAAUUCAGAGCUGCUGCUUGUGGCUCCUGGGGUGAGCCUGUCACCUCUCGACCAUGCAGCCAGCCAUGGUCACAGUGCUUUCCACUGAGAUUUAUCCAACAGUGACAAGGUAGCUCUUUUUCAAGGAUGAAGGCAUGGAAAGAUUCCAAAUUAUACUGUCAUACUUGUUAUAGAUUAUACCAGUAAUAGCUUGAAUAAUUUUGCAAGGUUUCUUUUGAGAAGGAACUUGGGGAAAAAACCCAAAAACCUACUAGUUCUGCAAGGGUUCAUUUUAAUUAGAGGCUGGCCACUUCUCAUUGGCAAAAACUGCUUCAUGAUUACGAAAAAGAAAAAAAAAUGACAGCACUCUAAGGAAUUCUUUUAAAUGCCUUUCCCUUUUAAAGUUUUCUGAUGUUGUUUUAGAAAGAACAGCGCUGCUCGCUCUGACCACCAGAUGGCUGUGGUCCCUCGCACACCCAGCCCGGGCUUCCCGAUUACAGAGAACAGCCCCUCCCUUGGCAGUGACCUGCUUAAGGCCCUGCCACCUCCGGCGACAGAAACAAAACAAAGUUUUUCCGUAGUCUAAUAUUAUGCUGCAGCCAUCAGCCCUGUGCGGCCCCGCAGAGCGACCACUGCAGAACGUGGAUUCAUCCACACGUUGUGACUGAACGGAGGAUGGGAAGGGGUGUUUGUGCUCUGCCUAGGCAUCCAUUAAUAACCGCUCUGGGAACAGGAUCCUGACCUGGACAGAUAUUUUGCAUGACCCAGAACAGCUGUUGCUAUGCCAGAUGAAGAAAGAUAUAACUUCCUUGUACUGGGUCAGAGUUGCUUGACAUCUCUAAAAACUAAAUAUACACUAAAGUUAAUGAGAAUUUCCAUGAUGUUUGGGUAGCAUGAUAUUGGGCACGCCAGCAUCACAUUCAUACAGGCGAAAAAUUACAUGUUUCUCUUUUACCCCUCCAAAUAGUACAUGAUUUUUUUUUUUUUAAGGGGGAUAACAAAAAUAUGUCCUGAUUUCCCACAGCAUUGUCUCACAAAGUCAGCAUAGAAGUGUCCCAAGCCAGUUCACUGGGAAGGCUGUUCUCCAUUUCACAGGACUUUCACGUUGCUUUGCCGUGUCAAAACUUCCUCAAAGCUUAUUCUGAAUAACAAAAUCUCCCUCCCUUCACAAAAUAAGAAUAAAGCCACUUCCGCUUUCCUUUA